AUGCCUCUCAAUGCCUCUGCCAUUUAUCCAUCCUCAGAUCCCGAGUUCAUCUCCUUUCCUAGUCGUCGAAGCGUUGUUCAUAGUACCAAUGGCAUCGUUGCGUGUACCCAGCCGCUGGCUGCUCAAGCAGGGCAGAGAAUGUUACGGGCUGGCGGGAACGCAGCAGAUGCGGCUGUGGCCGUGGCAGCUGCCUUGAAUAUGACGGAACCCUCUUCCACCGGGAUUGGGGGCGAUAUGUUCUGUCUCUUCUACAACGCCAAGACUAGGAAGGUGGAAUCUAUGAAUGGGUCUGGCCGGUCUUCAGGAAGCGGUUCAUUGGAACAAAUGCGAAAGGACUUAGGGGUGAAGCCCGGAGAGCCUGGGACAAUCCCUAUGACAAGCGUCCAAGCUGUUACGACCCCAGGGGCCGCAGCUGGAUGGGUAGACACAAUUGAGAGGUUCGGUAGUGGAAAGCUCAGCAUGGAGGAUAUCCUGAAACCUGCGAUUGAGCUUGGCGAAGAGGGUUUUCCGGUGGCAGAGCUGUCUUCGUUUUUUUGGCGCGCCAGCGAGAAGCUCAUCCGCAAUGCUUCCCCAAACUUUGGCGAAAUGUUGAAAACGGACAGCAAAGCACCAGACGGCAAACGAGCGCCUAGGCCAGGAGAAUUGUUCUACAAUCCAACCCUCGCUAAUACGUUCCGGCUUCUCGCCAAAAAUGGCAAAGCUGGAUUCUACGAGGGUUCGGUAGCCGAAGCUCUGGUAAAAGUCGUUCAGGACCUCGGAGGUCAUCUAACUCUUGAAGAUAUGAGAUACCACGCCCAAACAGGAACCGAGGAAACAAAACCAAUUUCCUUGAUAUUCAACAGCCAAGACAUCGGUGCCAUCCAGAGUAAAGGUCUCGAUGGACAACCUAGCCAGACCGCCCCAUCCCAUGGAGUGGAAGUAUGGGAACACCCACCUAAUGGUCAAGGAAUAGUUGCUUUGAUGGCCCUUGGAAUACUGGAAGAACUCGAGAAAGCGGGCAAGAUUCGUAAUUUCGCGGAAAAGGAGCACAAUUGCACCGAGUACCUCCAUGCGGUCAUCGAAGCUCUCCGUAUUUCUUUUGCAGACGCCGCCUGGUUUGUCGCAGACCCCAACGUCGUCAAAGUACCAACCGAGGAAAUGAUCUCAAAGCCCUACCUUGCUGAACGCGCCAAACUCUUCAACCCCAAAAAAGCAUCAGAACGUCCAGCUCACGGCUCACCGGCCCACAACCACAGCGAUACCGUCUAUUUCGCCACCACCGACAAGGAUGGCAACGGCUGCAGUUUCAUCAACAGUAACUUCGGCGGCUUCGGCACAUGCAUCAUUCCCAAAGGCUGCGGCUUCACCUUGCAAAAUCGUGGUGCGGGGUUCUCAUUGGAAGAAGGCCAUCCCAACGUCUUUGCGCCGAGGAAAAGGCCGUAUCAUACUAUCAUCCCAUCUAUGAUCACGAAUCCGGAUGAUGGCAGCUUACACUCCGUAUAUGGCGUGAUGGGUGGCUUCAUGCAGCCACAAGGGCAUGUCCAAGUCUUGUUGAACAUGCUAGCGUUCAAGUACGAACCACAAGCUGCGCUAGAUGCGCCGAGAUUCUGUAUAGGGGCUGGUAUGCCAGAUCAGGGCAGUUUGUUGGAUACUAUUUAUCUCGAAGAUGGCAUCAGCGAGCAGGUCAAGAAGGGCUUGACAGCAUUGGGGCAUAAGGUUGAAACAGUCAGAGGACAUCAGAGGGGACUAUUUGGUAGAGGACAAGUAAUCAGAUGUCAUAUGGAAGAUGGGCGGCAUGUGUUUAGUGCUGGGAGUGAUCCUAGAGGGGAUGGGGCGGCCUUUCCAGUAUGA